AUUCCAAAGGCUUAGGGGCAUGGGAACCUCAGAUUCUUCUGCAAGCUCCGAGUCCCUGAUUGAACAUCAGCAACAACUAGAAGCACAGCCCCAAAUCCCCACCAAGAAUCCUAAAAAACUUGCCCUUAUUCCACUUGUCUUCCUCAUCUAUUUUGAAGUCUCUGGAGGUCCUUAUGGUGAAGAACCAGCAGUUGGUGCAGCUGGUCCACUCUUUGCCAUUCUUGGGUUCCUCAUAUUCCCAUUCAUUUGGAGCAUCCCUGAGGCCCUUGUCACCGCUGAGCUAGCCACCGCCUUCCCCGGAAAUGGCGGUUUUGUCAUCUGGGCACACCAAGCCUUUGGACCCUUCUGGGGCUCCCUAAUGGGAUCUUGGAAGUUCUUCACUGGAGUCAUCAAUUUAGCUUCAUAUCCUAUUCUUUGUGUGGACUAUCUCAAGCUGGUAAUCCCAAUUUUCUCUUCAGGCCUUCCUCAAUAUUUCGCAAUAUUUGUAUCAACUAUAGUGCUUUCAUUUUUGAACUACUCUGGUUUGAGCAUUGUUGGUUACACUGCAGUAGCUCUAGGAAUAUUGGCAAUGUGUCCAUUCAUAGUAAUGUCUUUGGUUGCAAUUCCCAAGAUUGAUCCUAGUAGAUGGAUCAGUUUGGGUCAAAAGGGUGUGGAAAAGGAUUGGACUUUGUAUAUAAACACCUUAUUCUGGAACUUGAAUUUUUGGGACAGUGCUAGUACAUUAGCUGGUGAAGUUGAACAACCCCAAACGAUGUACCCAAAAGCACUAUUUUCGGCUGGCAUUCUCACAUGUUUGGGGUACAUAGUUCCUCUCUUAGCUGCAACUGGUGCUAUUCCACUUGAACAAGAAGAUUGGGUUGAUGGAUAUUUUGCUUCAGCUGGAGAAGUGAUUGCUGGGAAAUGGUUGAAAUACUGGAUCGAAAUUGGUGCUGUUUUAUCGAUCAUUGGACUGUUCGAAGCUCAGUUAAGUAGUUGUGCUUACCAGCUUUUGGGGAUGGCAGACUUAGGGAUAUCACCUCUAAUUUUUGGGUCACGGUCCAAAUGGUUCAACACACCUUGGUUGGGAAUUCUGAUUUCAACAGCUUUCGCACUCUCGGUUUCUUACUUGGAUUUUGCAGACAUUAUAUCUUCUACCAAUUUCCUAUACAGUUUGGGAAUGCUAUUAGAAUUUGCAUCUUUUCUUUGGUUGAGGGUGAAGUUUCCGGAUCUAGAAAGGCCAUUUAAAGUUCCAAUGGGUAUGAGAGGGCUGGUUGUCAUGUGUUUGAUUCCAUCUGUGUUUUUGGUCUAUGUCUUGGCAGUGGCUACCAAAGCUGUCUAUCUGGUUAGUGCAGUGAUGACCCUGUUUGGAGUUCUGUGGUACUUUUUUAUGAAUGUCUGCAAAUCAAAGAUGUGGUUUGAUUUCAACAAGGGUGAACAAAAAUUGGAGUACGAGUAUAUGAGUGAGUAAGCUGUUCUAGGUUGAAAUCCAAUCUUGUCAACACCAUCGAGGAAGAGGAAAUCCGAAAUGAAAAUUUUAGCUGGAGCUUUAUCAUCAGCUGAGGGUGUUUUCAAGAGUACUGAAAAGUGGAACUUGGGUUUGGGAGAUGGAGUCGUACCAUCCAAGUAAAGUCCGACCUCAUCAUCCUUGUGGAGCUUUAACAACUU